ACUACCAUACACACUUUUACAUCCCCUAUUUACUCUAUUCUCACAAGUGUGGUAACAAAACCAUAUUAUAUACUAUGACUAUCUCUAACAAUGUUGCGGACCACAUAACAGAGGUAGAUAUCCUCAUUGCUGGAGGGGGGACUGCUGCUUGUGUCGUUGCUGGGCGUCUUGCUAAACUCGACCCCUCGCUGUCUAUUUUACUAGUUGAGGGUGGCAAAAACAAUCACAAUGACCCUACCGUGAAUUGUCCGGCACUCUUCCUUAAUCAUAUCGCACCAGACAGCAAGACCGCGAUCUUUUACAAAGGAAACAAAAGCGAUGCCUUAGCUGGCAGGGAGCCCAUUGUACCCUCCGGAGGCAUACUUGGCGGUGGAUCAUCUAUAAACUUUAUGAUGUACACGAGGGCCCAGGGCGUUGAUUUUGAUAGCUUCAAAACCGAGGGCUGGACGCAACAGGACCUGCUGCCAUUAUUGAAGAAGCUCGAGACAUUUCAUUCGGAUGAUCCUAUCAUUGAUCGAAAUCUUCAUGGCUACGAUGGUCCCAUCCAUGUAUCAAGCGGAACUCAUCGAGCAACUCGUGCAGAGAGAGAGUUUAUCGAAGUUGCCUCGACACAAGGUUGGCCAGAGAUAGUCGACCUUCAGGAUCUCCAACAAAAUAAUGGGUUCUCCAGCUGGCAGCGUUAUGUUAGCCCAGACGGAAAACGGCAAGAUUCUGCACACGGGUACAUCCAUGACUUGCUAGAACAUGGAGACUACCCAAACCUUCACGUCCUCACGGAAACCCUGGUCAGCCGCGUCAUCUUCGAUGGCAAACGUGCAGUAGGUCUUGAGGUUGAGCCUAAUAUGGUUCAUCAACCUCUCACCGGCCUCGGCAAACAUUCCCGCACACGCAUUACGGCUAAGAAAACAGUUGUCAUCGCUGCCGGUGCAUUGGGCACCCCUCAGAUCCUUGAACGAUCUGGCGUUGGAGAGAAGAAUAAUCUUAGGAGUCUUGGGAUUCCCAUCGUCGCUGAUCUCCCUGGCGUGGGAGCAAACUACCAGGAUCACCAGCUUACCCUUUUGCCAUAUAAGACCAGUCUCGCGCCAGAUGAGACCAUGGACGCGCUCCUAUCGGGCAGGCUCGAUUUAGAAGCUGCGGUUAAAGAGAAGAAUCCUAUUCUAGGCUGGAAUUCCGUCGAUGUCUCUUCGAAGAUACGACCGCGAGAUGACGAAAUUGUAGCACUUGGGCCUGAGUUCCAAGCAGCAUGGGAUAGAGACUUCAAAGACGUACCAUCGAGACCUUUAAUGCUCAUGGGCGUUGUUUCUGCCUUUUUAGGGGACCCAAGUUCUGUUCCUGCUGGACAAUACGCCACCGUCGGUUGCUAUACAGCCUACCCAUACUCUCGCGGCUCCAUCCAUAUUAGUGGUGAAUCGGUUUACGAUCCUCCGUCCUUUGAAACCGGAUUUCUCAGUGACAAAGAUGACCUUGACCUUAAGGCUCAGGUUUGGGCAUAUAAGCGCCAGCGAGAGAUUUUUCGACGGCUCAGCACCUACCGUGGUGAACUACAGAUUGGACAUCCCAAAUUCUCGGCCGGAAGUACUGCAGCUUUGGUGUCUUUUGAGGGUGACUCGCAGCCUAAACACCGUAGCAUGGAGGAUCGUUGUAAAAUGCCCAACAUCCAGUACUCGGCCGAAGAUGACAAAGUCAUCGUGGAGCACAUCCGCGAGAACUUAAACACCACCUGGCACUCGCUGGGUACCUGUGCGAUGCGGCCCUUGCAAGAUGGCGGUGUCGUAGACAAGGAUCUAAACGUUUAUGGCGUGGAAUGCCUUAAGCUCUGUGAUCUCUCGAUCAUUCCCGAGAAUGUCGCUGCCAACACCAACAACACCGCACUCAUGGUUGGGGAAAAGGCCGCAGCGAUCCUGGCCGCAGAGUUGGGACUCACAAAUUCGGAAGGUGCGAAGGGAAACCGAACAACAAAGUUAUAGUCCAUUCAUUCCAUUGAUCAU